CGGCGGGGCGGGACCGGGCGGAGGAUGUGAGGCGGCGCACGGCAUUAUGGGGCCGGAAGUGCCGCGCACGCUGUAGCUGAGCGUCAUGUCCGAGGUGCACGGCCGUCGGAGGCGCCUGGCGGAACUGACCGUGGAUGAGUUCCUGGCCUCGGGUUUUGAUUCCGAGUCCGACUCGGAGCAGGAGGGCGCCCCGGUGAUGGCGGCGCGGGAGGCAUGCGGACAUGGAGCCACCCUGAGCCAGGGCCGGUCAAGCGGUGGCCCCUCGGCCAGUCGGCAUAAAGGUCGUGCCUCUGAGCACAAGGACCAGCUCUCUCGGCUGAAGGACAGGGACCCGGAGUUCUACAAGUUCCUGCAGGAGAAUGACCAGAGCCUGCUGGACUUCAGUGAUUCAGACACCUCCGAAGAGGAAGAGGAGCAGUUCCACUCUCUACCAGACAUGCUGGAGGAAGCAAGUGAGGAGGAAGAUGAAGGGGAGGAUGGUCAUGGAGUCCCCAGAGGAUCACAGAGAAAAAAGAAUGAGCCUACUCCUGUGACUCUUGCCAUGGUGGAAAGAUGGAAGCAGGCAGCAAGGCAACACCUCACUCCCAGGCUGUUCCAUGAAGUCAUGCAGGCGUUCCGAGCAGCUGUAGCCACCACCCAAGGCGAUCAGGAAGGUGCUGAGGUCUGCAGGUUCCAAGUCACAGACAGCGCUGUGUUUAAUUCUUUGGUCACCUUCUGUGUCAGAGAUCUCUUUGGUUGCCUUCAGAAACUGCUGUUUGGAAAGGGACCGAAGGACAGCAGCAGGAUGCUGCAGCCAUCCAGCAGCCCGCUCUGGGGGAAGCUCCGUGUGGACGUCAAGGCAUACUUGAGCUCAGUCAUACAGCUGGUGGCCUGUCUGGCUGAAGCUACAGUGUUGGCAGCUGUCCUGCAGCACAUUAGCAGCUUGGUGCCCUACUAUCUUACCUUCCCUAAGCAGUGCCGCAUGCUCCUCAAGAGGAUGGUAGUUCUGUGGAGCACGGGAGAGGAGUCUCUACGGGUCUUGGCCUUCCUGAUCCUCAUCAAAGUCUGCCGGCAUAAGAAGGAUACCUUCCUGAGUCCCAUCCUGAAGCAAAUGUACAUCACAUACGUGAGGAAUUGCAAGUUCACUUCCCCCACCACCCUGCCCCUCAUCAACUUCAUGCAGCGGACACUAACUGAGAUGCUUGCUCUGGACCCUAGCAUCUCCUACCAACAUGCCUUCCUCUAUAUCCGCCAGCUUGCAAUCCACCUGCGCAAUGCUAUGACCACUGGCAAGAAGGAGACGUACCAGUCUGUGUACAACUGGCAGUAUGUACACUGCCUCUACCUGUGGUGCCGUGUCUUGAGUGCUCUUGGCUCCAGGGAAGUCCUGCAGCCCCUGCUGUACCCCCUCUCGCAGGUCAUCAUCGGCUGCAUCAAGCUGGUGCCCACCGCCCGCUUCUAUCCACUGCGCAUGCACUGUGUGCGUGCCUUGACGCUGCUGGCAGAGAGCACCAGCACCUUCAUCCCUGUGCUGCCCUUCAUCCUUGAGAUUUUCCAGCAGGUGGACUUCAAUAGGCGGCCAGGUCGCAUGAGCUCCAGGCCUAUCAACUUCUCUGUGAUCCUGAAGCUGUCCAGUGCCAACCUACAGGAGAAGGCAUACCGGGAUGGCCUGGUGGAGCAGCUGUAUGACCUCAUCCUGGAGUACCUGCAUAGCCAAGCCCACAGCAUUGCCUUCCCUGAGCUGGUGCUACCCACUGUCUUGCAGCUGAAAUCCUUCCUUCGGGAAUGCAAGGUGGCCAAUUACUGCCGGCAGGUGCGCCAGCUGCUGGAGAAGGUGCAGGAGAACGCAGCACACAUUUGCAACCAACGCCAGAGGGUCUCCUUCGGAGUAUCUGAUCGAAUAGCAGUGGAUGCUUGGGAGAAGCAGGCCCAGAAAGAGGGGACCCCACUCACCAAAUACUACAGUCACUGGCGGAAGCUGAGGGACCGUGAGAUCCAGCUGGAGAUUAGUGGCAAGGAGCGGCUGGAAGACCUAAACUUCCCAGAAAUCAAACGGCGGAAGGUGGAAGACAGGAAGGAUGAGGACAGGAAGGAAUUUAAAGACCUCUUUGACUUGGACAGUGCCGAGGAGGAGAGUGCAGACUUCUCAGAGAGAGGAAUGCCUGGGUUCCUGAGAAUUCAGCAAGGGUUGGAAGAAGAUGACCAGGAGAAGGACGAGGAGGACAGCAGUGACUCAGAGGAUGGAGGUCCAGAUGCAGAAGUAGGGCUGGACCCCAGUGAGCUGUGGCGACUGGCCCAGGGACCACAGGACAAGCUAGAAGAUCUGCAGCUCUCUGAGGAGGACUGAGGCCCUUCCUGCAGUUUCCCAGAGGCCCUGAGGCCAAUGUCUGUGCAUUAGGAAGUGAGUGGAUAGUGGACAGGGCUUUAUUGUUGCAGCAUGACAGAUCAAACACACCAAGAAUCAUGCUGACCUGAGGAAGGGAACCAGUACAACAGCAGUCUCACCCAGUUCAGAGGGAGGAGGUUGGCUCCCAUGGCCUCUUCUACCUCUUUUUGUCUUUGGUUUGUCUGCAUUCACCAGAUCUUUGGAAAUUCGUUCCUUUCCUCUAAGUAAUGUGUUUUCCUUUUUAA